AUGGCGUCUCCCAAACCCUCGGGCCCUGAAAUCCACAAGGCCGUCAACCUACUAAUCGACAACUUGGUCAACAUCAAAGACGAAACGGGCAAAUUCCUCCUCCCGCUCCCAGACGGACGCAUCAUCGACACCAAGUCAUGGCACGGCUGGGAAUGGACUCACGGCAUCGGCCUGUACGGCGUAUGGAAGUACUACGAGCUGACAGGUGACGAAAGAUUACUGAAGAUAAUCGAAGACUGGUUCGCCGCCCGAUUCGCAGAAGGCGGAACAACAAAGAACAUCAACACCAUGGCCGUUUUCCUCACACUGGCAUACGUCUACGAGAAAACCGGCAAUGCCACAUAUCUCCCCUGGCUCGACGCCUGGGCUGAAUGGGCCAUGCACGAACUGCCUCGCACGCGCUACGGGGGUAUGCAGCAUAUCACAUAUAUCACGGAGAACUACCAGCAACUCUGGGAUGAUACUUUGAUGAUGACCGUCAUGCCGCUGGCGAAGAUCGGCAAGCUCCUCAACAGACCGGAGUACAUUGAAGAGGCCAAGAAGCAGUUCCUUACUCAUAUCAAGUAUCUCUUUGAUACCAAGACCGGUCUGUGGUUCCACGGAUGGACUUUUGAAGAUGGUGGCCACAAUUUCGCCGAUGCGCGCUGGGCUCGUGGAAACAGCUGGGUGACAAUUGUCAUCCCAGAGAUUAUUGAGUUGCUCGACUUGCAGCCCAAUGACCCUAUUCGUCUCCACUUGAUUGAUACCCUCGAAGCCCAGUGCGAGGCUCUCCAGCGUCUGCAGUCUCCGUCUGGCGCGUGGCACACUCUCCUCGACCACCCCGAUUCAUACGUCGAGGCAUCUGCAACUGCUGGAUUCGCCUAUGGCAUCCUCAAAGCUGUUCGAAAACGGUACAUUGGUCCCCAGUACCGCGCCGUGGCAGAGAAGGCCAUCAUUGCUGUGAUGGGCCAUAUAGAUGAGCAGGGUGAAUUACAGAAUACUAGCUUCGGUACUGGGAUGGGUGACUGCCUUGACUUUUACAAGCAGAUUCCGUUGACGUCUAUGCCUUAUGGUCAGGCUAUGGCUAUUAUGGCUUUGGGUGAGGCGUUGCGUGGUCUGCUGUGA